AUGAGUGCAACAAAUAAUUUUAAAAGAAAAACAUUUGCUGGUCAAAAUUCAUCAACAACACAAUCGAAUGGCACACAAAUGAAACGUCCAAAACGAGCAAAUGAUGAUGAUGAGGAGGACUUUAUGAAUGAUGAUCCUGCUUAUGAUGAUGCUGAUCCAGAAAACAAAGAAAAUGCUGUUGAACUCGGACAAGGUCCAGCUUAUGAAGCAACUAAUAUCAAAUGGUCACGACCAGAUAUUCCAUCGAUAAAUCCUUCGACAGAUACACUUGUAUUUCAACAAAUUGAUUUAGAUACUUAUACAGAUUUCGAUAGUACACCACAUGUUCUUGAUAAAAGUCGACCUCAUGUUCGUGGUCAUAAUACAGUUAUACGUCUUUAUGGUGUUACUGAUGAAGGUUAUUCAGUUAUGGCACAUUUACAUGGUUAUAUUCCAUAUUUUUAUGCAUCAGUACCAUCAGAUACAUUUACAGCAGCUGACUGUGAACGAUUUAAACAAAAUUUUCAAUCAGCAUUACGUAGUGAAAUGCGUGGUAAAGAUGCUAUUGCAUCUGAUCUAGUACUUAGUGUUGAAUUAGAACAAAAAGCAAGUAUAUAUGGUUUUCAACCAGAUUCAAAACGACAUCAAGUACUUAAAAUAAGUGUAUUAUUACCAAAAUGUAUUGCAACAUCAAGACGUAUUCUUGAAAAUGGUUUUUCAUGGACUGGAAGUAAAUCACAAAUUGAUGGUUAUAAAACUUAUGAAACUAAUAUUGAUUUUGAAAUUCGUCUUAUGGCUGAUUUAAAUAUUGUUGGUUGUAAUUGGAUCGAAAUUCCAGCUGGAAAAUAUUUUAUACGACACAUGGUAACACGUGGUUUAACUCAGCAAUUAAAAAUACAAUCAAGAUGUCAAAUUGAAUUAGAUGUAUGGGCACAUGAUAUUAUUUCGUAUCCAGCUGAAGGUGAUUGGCAACGUAUUGCUCCAUUACGUAUAAUGAGUUAUGAUAUUGAAUGUGCUGGACGAAAAGGUAUUUUUCCAGAGCCUGAGCAUGAUCCAGUUAUUCAAAUAGCUAGUAUGAUUAUUCGUCAAGGUGAUAAAGAAGAAUUUAUUAAAACUGUAUUUACAUUGGGUACAUGCGCAAAUAUUGCUGGUGUUGAAGUUAUGGCAUGUAAAACUGAACAUGAAUUACUUGAAAAAUGGGCUGAUUUUGUACGUGAAGUUGAUCCAGAUAUUAUUACUGGGUAUAAUAUACAAAAUUUUGAUUUUGCAUAUCUUCUUGCUCGUGCUAAACAUCUUAAUAUUUCAACAUUUCCUUAUUUGGGUCGUUUAAAAGAUGUAAAAACAACAGCACGUACAACAGUCCUUCAAUCGAAGCAAUUAGGACGACGUGAAAAUAAACAAAUUAAUCUAGAAGGACGAAUUUUAUUUGAUCUUUUAUUGGUUCUUCUUCGUGAAUAUAAACUUCGUUCAUAUACACUUAAUGCUGUUAGUUUUCAUUUUCUUCAACAACAAAAGGAAGAUGUACAACAUUCAAUAAUAACUGAUUUACAAAAUGGUAAUGCUCAAACACGUCAUCGUCUUGCUGUCUAUUGUCUUAAAGAUGCUUAUUUACCAUUACGUUUAUUAGAAAAAUUAAUGUCAUUGAUUAAUUAUAUGGAAAUGGCUCGUGUUACUGGUGUACCAAUGAAUUAUUUACUUCAACGUGGUCAACAAAUAAAAGUUAUUUCACAAAUUUUACGAAAAUGUAAAGAAAAAAAUUUACUGAUACCAGCAUUAAAAGUUAAUGAAGCAGGUGAUGAUUUUACUGGUGCUACAGUUAUUGAACCAAUACGUGGUUAUUAUGAUACACCAAUAACAACGUUAGAUUUUUCAUCACUGUAUCCAUCAAUUAUGCAAGCACAUAAUUUAUGUUAUUCAACAUUAAUUAAUGAUGGUAGAAUAAAACAAACUCUAUCUGAUGAUGAAUAUAUCACAACACCGAGUGGUAAUUGUUUCGUAACAGCUAAAGAUCCAGUCUAUGUCUUAGAUAAUAAUGUUCCAAUUGAUACAAAAUAUUAUCUUGAACAACAACUAUCAAAACCAUUAUUACGUAUAUUUGAACCUAUUUUAGGUGAUGCAAAAGCUGAAUCAAUACUUUUACAUGGUGAACAUACAUCUGUUAAAACAGUAGUAACAUCAAAAGUUGGAGGUCUAGCAAGUUUUAUAACAAAAAAAGAUAAAUGUAUAGGAUGUAAAACUGUAUUGCAAGAACAAGGUACUGCUCUGUGUUCAUAUUGUAAAGAAAAAGAAGGUGAUUAUUUUCAAAAAGAAAUUGAAUCAUUACAAGAAUUAGAAGAAAAAUUUACUCGUUUAUGGACAGAAUGUCAACGAUGUCAAGGUGCUAGACUUGAAGAUGUUCUUUGUACAAAUCGUGAUUGUCCAAUAUUUUAUAUGCGACGUAAAGUUCAAAAAGAUCUAACUGAUCAAAAUCGUAUUAUUUCACGUUUCAAUGCUGCUCCUCUCAAUUGGUAA